CAAAAUUUUUAAUAUGUUUUUGUAAAAAAUAAAAAAUAACAAGAAAAAAACAAAAAAUGUUUUACAACUUUCCACACCUGAUGAAGCACUUACGCUCAUCAAACCUAAGAGUUACAUAUUGGACAGCAAAAGCAUAUCGAACAUCACUGCCGGGAUCGAAUUCCAAUGAAGCAAAUAUUUUCAUAAUUGGAGCCGGUUUAGCUGGUUUAACUGCAGCCAAAUAUUUAAGAAAGAAUAAUUUUAAAAAUAUAAGAAUUUUAGAAGCAUCUAAUCGUUAUGGUGGACGUAUAAGAACUACAAAAUUUGGUGAAAUAUCAGUUGAAUUGGGUAAUAAUAGAAUUUCAAUAACCCGUGAAACACUUUCGUUCUUAGACGAAAUUUUAAAUAUUGAUUCACUUAAAAGACUAGAUAUUGAACCAAUAUUCAUUAAAAGUGAUGGAGAAUUUAUUCCAUUUGAUUUGAAACAAAAUGUGAUCAAAACCUUCAAUUACAUUCUUAAUGAAAUUGAAGAGAAAUUCAAUUCAGUAAAUAGUAAAAAAAUUAAAAAUGGAAAACAAUAUUUAGAAAAUAAAAUUAAAGAAAAAUCAAAAAUUCUCUAUGGCAAUGACAGUCAAAUUGCAAGUUUAGUUUAUCAGGCUUUAAUGAGUGAUUUACAAUCGUUCUAUGGAUGUGAUAUGUCUUAUGUUCAUAUUGAAAAUUUAAGAAAUUUAUUGAACAUAUAUACAAAUUCAAGUUUAUUAGGUCACGAAAUGAUAGCUACUUUACAACCAUUAAUUAAAGACCUUCAGGAUAUUAUUCAUUAUAAUAAACCAGUGGUGAAAAUUAAUUCAUAUACGGGUGAAAUAAAUUGUAUUGAUGGUACAAAAUAUAUUGCCGAUCAUAUUAUUUCAACAAUACCAUUGGGACACUUGAAAGCCUAUCAAUCAUUUCUAUUUGAACCAGAAUUAUCAGAUAUGAAAUUGAAAUCAAUUAAUAAAUUGGGUAUUGGUACACCUGAAAAUGUUUUCAUUAAAUAUAAUGGAAAUUUAGAUGAUUUAUUACCAGAUAAACAUAUUAUUUAUCCAGUUUGGAAUUCAAAUGAAAAUUUAUAUUCUAAUGAUAUUUAUAAGAAUAUUACAGCAAUAUAUCGUUUGCCAGAAAGUCGAAAUAUUUUACAAAUACAUUGUAAAGACAAUGAAUUUCAUCGGAAUGAAGAAAUCAUAUUACAUAAUCUUGAUAAAUUUUUAAAAUGUUUCACUAGAAAAUCAUUACAAUUAAAUUUAAUUGAAAUUUUAAAAUCUGAUUGGUCAACUGAUCCAAAAUUUCUUGGUGGUAUACCAUAUUUAAUGGAUGCUAAUAGUAAACGUUAUGUUAAUGCUUUAGCUUCACCAAUUUAUUGGAGAAUGCCAGAUAAUGAAAUAAUACCGGUAUUAAUGUUUGCUGGUGAUGCAACUGUUUUAAAUGGUUUUGGUACAUUAGAAGGUGCUGCAAAAAGUGGUUUACGUGAAGGAAAAAGAUUAGUAGAAUAUUAUUUACAGAAACACAAUUAAUAUAAUUAAGUAAAAAUUCUGAUAAUAAAGUGUGA